UUAUGAUUCGUCUACCUUUGCCACCUUAAUCAAAUUCUUUGUUUUUGAGAAAAAAUUCGUAAAUAAAAUCGAAUGUAGAACAACAUGUGCUGGAAUCGACGGUUAAUUGUGAUUAUUGUGGUUAUCGUCGCGCUUACAAUGAUAUUCUUUGUAGUAUUUCACAUAUAUGAUAGAUAUUACCAAACAUAAGCCUAACCCGAGACGUGCAAUAGAAUUCGAUUUAAAAAUUGAUCAAAAACAUGUGCCUGAGGCUACGUAAUGCUAUUCUUUUUUGUGCGUUGAUAAUGGUUGUAAAAUUAAUCGUUAUCCUUUACUUCGUCCUGAGGCGUCGGGACGGGCAAAUUACCAGAUCCCCUGGAUAAUGGAUGGAUAGUGAUACCUCGCUCAUGAGGAAAGAGUCUUUCAAUACCUGACGGCCCAAAAUGCGGUCGAUGGCGGUUACACCCCGUCAGUUGAUAAUUUUUGUUGGUCAACAACGCAUCGAGAACCGAGGGAAACCUUACCCACUUAUUAUACAUUAACCCACGACUCUCCACCAUGUGCAACGCUCUCUGUGAAUGCCUCAAAUGUCCCGGCAAAGUGGUUUGCUGCUGCUGUUCCUGCGCCUGCAAGAUGCUUUUGAGCAUCGUGUUUUCUGCGCUUCUCAUGGUCGUGGUUAUCGGCUUGAUUGUCUACUUCACGGUCUUCUAUCACAAGGAUAAGGAUACGGAGGAAGUGCAGAAUCAGGUCGCUAAGAUGGCUCCCAUUGUGAAGCGCAGCAUACGCGACUACUUUAAUAAGGAAUACUGAUCUGAGGAUAUGAAAUUAUACUAUAGGCUAUUUUAAUAAUAACUCCACGAAAACAAAACGAACCAAAAACCAAACCAGUUCAAUGCGUCAUUUAAUCUAAUCGAGUCGGAUGCUCAUAGUGGGAUUUUUUCUUAUCUAUAGAUAGUUUGGGUCUCAACUCAAUGGGCAA